AUGGAGGAAAUCAAGCCGCUCAUCCACCAACGCGGUCAGGUAAAGGGCAAGGUGACUGCGAUCGCCAAUGCCUUGGAAAAAUGCGAAAAUGAUCCUAGCCAGGAGAUUAUUUGUUCCAUUCCUCCUGGUAAAACGGAUGAUCAAGAUGAAAAAUUGAACGAAUUCGACAAACUUCAUACCGAUUGUUUGAUUCGGUUGGAGUUUCUCAUGGAAAGUUUAAGUACUCCUACCAGUGUCUCCUUUACCAACGCCGCUACGCCAGCUAGUGCCACCCAAGUGAUAGUACAGCAACAGCCGCUCAAGGCCCCAAUCCCCACUUUUGACGGGCGCUACGAAAAUUGGCCUCGUUUUAAAUCCAUGUUCCAAGACAUCGUCAGCCGAUGUUCUGAUUCGGAUGCGAUCAAACUGCAUUAUCUAGAAAAGGCACUAGUUGGUGCUGCCUCCGGUAUUCUUGAUGCCAAAACCCUGUCUGAUAACAACUACAACCACGCGUGGGAAAUACUAACCGAUAGAUAUGAAAAUCCGAGGAUUAUUAUCGAUACCCAUAUUGACGAGCUUCUAGCUAUGAGAAAGAUGUGCAAAGAGUCUCACAAAGAACUACGUGAUUUGGUGGAUACGUAUGACAAUAAGCCUAAGGUCAACAAUCAGGAAUCUCCAGGUGAAUCAUCGAAUCGCGUGAGGGAGGAUGUUCGCAACAGCGAAUAA